UUUAUUCUGAAAAGCCCAGCCGGAAGUGUGUGGCAGCAGCGCUCCAGCUUGCUGCUGAUGACGUCAUGGGGGUCCGUCUCGGUCUGCGACAUGACGCCUUCAGGCGGUGAAGCUCCGCCAGACGCUUCAGUCCCGAAACCCGCUUCAGUCGGAACCGACUGCUGCUCGGUGCUGGUUCCGGUUCCGGUCCGGGCCGGCGUUACUGGGUCACAGCGAGCUGCUGCCGGAAGGAACAGGCAGAGAGGACGGACUGACCUGUUGGACCGGGGGAUUACAACCAGAACCGGAACCAUGCUGGCCCGGUUCGGCUGAGGUUCUGAGUGGAGCGAUGCAGCAGAAGUUGUGCUCCAGAGGUUCUGGCUCCUUCCUGUUGCAGAGGAACGGCCAGGCCUGCGGCGCGCUGCCGCACUCCGUCGCUUCCUGUGAGCUCCCGUUCCGAUGCCCCCGAUGUGGCGAGCAGCAGCGGUUCGGCAGCCUGGCCUCCCUGCGAGCCCAUCUGGAGCAGCGCCACUCCUACCGCUCUCCGGACGCGGCGACUGGAGACUUCAGCAUCACCGGGUCGCACCCCGACCCGCUGGUGGCCGCCAUCGCCUGGCAGGACGCCAGCCUGCCGGCCCGUAGGGGGCAGCGCCGUGCCGCGCGGCCGCCUCACGUCCGCUCCCUGAGCGACAGCAGAGACGGCAGCGACCUGCAGACCUACGGCGCGGUGAGGAGGCGCACCCAGAGCGUCGGCGUGGGGACGCAGGAGGAAGGGGUGGAUGAUGAAGAUACAGGAGAGGAAGCAGGAGAGACCAGAGACGGGUCAGAGGUCAAGCAGUCAGACUCAGGACGCCUCCAUCACCUCCCGCUCCCUCCGGCGGACCCGGACCCGGUUGCGCAGAGCUCCUACUGCGGCCGGGAAACGGCGGCGGCGGUGCGGCGGCGGCUGGCCGGCAUCCUGCGGGCCGCCGACGGCACCAUGCAGCGGCGCCUGGCCAAGGUCAGCACGGAGCUGGCCCGGACCGACACCGAGCUGCUGUGUGAGCGCGCUCACUGGCAGCACCUGGCGCAGGAGCGGCAGCAGGUGGCGGAGCGGCAACGAUCGCUCAGCCAGCAGGUGGACGUGGCCGUCAUGGUGAUCGCCGCCCUGAGGGAGCAGCUCAACGCCUCCGAGAGCGAGCUGGAGCGCCGGGAGAGGGAGGUGCUCACCAUCCAGAGGUUCCUGGACGCCGCCGCCCGCCAGGAGACGAGCGGGAAAGUCCGGAUCCAGCGCUUCAUCGAGAACCUGCUGGGUCGGAUCGCCCUGGCGGAGAGGCUGGUGGAGUUCUACCAGGAGAACAACGGCGGGGCGGCGCCCGGUAGGGCGGCGUGCUGCCGCCACAAGCCUGAUGACGGCCGACACAGAAUCACUAAAAGCAGGUCCGCCGGGGGUCAGCUGUUCUCCGGUCUCCAUGACAGCAGGACUCAGUCGUCCUGCCGGGUCGGCGGCGGGCCUCUGGGCUCCAAAGCGGGUCCGGACCGGGACCGGGAGCGCCAGGAACGCCUGGCCCAGUCCUCCAGGCUGUUCUGCCGACCGGAGCACAGGGAUGACAUCUGGAACCAGCAGCCGCGGUCCACCGGGUACGAGGCCUAGAACUGUAGGCCGGCCCAGACAGACGGGCCUGAACAGAACCGGCUUCCCUCGGUUCCUCUAGGCAUCGGAUCGAGUUCUGCUGGCACCUUUUAGUUCUGGAUGUCUGCUGAAGUGAAGUGGACCGGAAAACAACCCGGUUCUGAUGGUAUUCAGAACCAACAGAAGGACCAACCGGACCAGUGUUCUGUUCUGGAUCCAACCUCUGUAGGGCGGUUCUGGUUCUUAUUCAUCAGCAUGAACCAAUCGGGUCAGAACCAGAGUAGUUAUUAAUCACAAACUCUCCCUUUCCUCGGGUCAAACCUUCUCAUUCUGACCCGGUUCUGCAGAACCUCCAGGAGUUCUGUUGCUUUUUCUGUCCAGUUUUCCAGAGGACGGAUGGACGGAUCCCGAUCAGGUUCUGGUCCAGGUUCUGGUCCAGGUUCUGGUCCAGGUUCUGAUCCCGGUUCUGAUCCAGGUUAACAUCCAGAGCAAAUAUUUUCCAACAGUAGAUGUCAGCAGUGGUGGGAAACAUCUCCGCUAAUGUGCUAAUAGCACAGCUAGUUUUUCAUUUAGUUUAAAACAUUAGCCUAGCUUAGAUUAAAUUCUCCUCAAAUUUCAAAUUGACUUUCAGUUGAAUAAAUUCAUCAUCUGUGUUCAAGUUUAGGUCGUUACUGUUAGCAAAUCUUCAGGUGUUCAGACAUUUACAUGCCAUUAUUUUGAAGGAUUGGAGACCGUUUCCUCUCCAGAACUUUUCUCUUUUCCUCCCAAGUAUUUUUAUGGAUCAAAAAGAAAGAAACAACAAACAAACAUCUGAUUUCCUAGAGACAGCUGGUCGGCAUCGACAUGGUUGAUAUUAGCAUGUUAGCUUCCACUUAGGCCAUGUUGGUCUAGCAUUUUAGCAGCAGCUCCAGCAAAAGCGCUUUAGCGUUAGCUUUAGCUAAAUACAUGCUGUUGUAGCCAUUUAACAUUAGCUUCUGCUAAAGACCUUGUUGUUGUAGCGCGUUAGCAUUAUCAGAACUAAUGAUUAGAAUUAUUGCUUUGUUGUUAGCAUAGCCAACGAUUAGCUAGCGGUGUCCACCAUUAAAGGUUCUGGAAGAACCUAAAGAACUACUGACCCGGUCCAGUUUAUCAGACCAGAGGAAUGAGUUCUGUUGGAGCUGGUCGGGUUGAUGGACCAGGAGCCAGCUGGGGAGAGGUUCUGGAGAUGUUCCCGGACCUGUCCUCCAGAAUGGACCGACCCGAUUAGAGAUCAGGUUCUGGAGCCGCAGCAGCGGUUUGGUUUGGGUCAGAAAGCACCGACUGGUACCGGGUCUGGGUCAGAUACAACCUACAUGAACUAACUGUUGGUCCGAGGCCCGGUUUGGUUCGGUUCUGGAUGAAACGAUUAAUGGAGCCCAGAACCGUCCCGUACCAGAACGAAGCAGAACCUGACGGAUGCCGGAUGCUCUGAAUGUUCUCUGGGUCUGAACCGGGCUCAGAACCAGAAACGGGUCACCUGCAGUGUUUCUGCCCUGAUCCGAUGAGUCUGCUCCUCCCAGAGUUCAACCGGCGCCGACCCGUGGUUCUGCUGACCCGGUCCUCAUCACAGCGUCGGUGUUCAGCUGGUUCUGAUGGUCCAAUCAGAACCACCUCGUGAAAAAUGGGUUUAAAUAAUCUAGAACCCAACAGAACCGGGAGAGAAGGUUUGUGUUCGGAACCGGCCGAUCCUGAUUGGAGAAAAAUGUUCUGGAUGUUUCCUUCAUUCACAGGUUCUGGUUCUGGUUCUGGUUCAUUAAAUGUUUCUGUGUAAAUAACGGGUCACCUGGCGGGUCACCUGAUGGGUCACCUGGCGGGUCACCUGACGGGUCACCUGGCGGGUCACCUGACGGGUCGCCAGUCUGUCGCAGCCUCUCCCCCCCACCAAGUAUUUCUGCUCUGAUUUCUGGUGGAAAAUCUUAAUGCAUUUGAAAAAAAGACUAAACUAAUUCACUACGAGAGAAAAAUGUUUUUACAGUGAAAUUAUCGACCACUCGUCAUUUUUAAUUUGGUCUUAUUUCAAAUGUUUUUGCAGUGUUCAAUAAUGUUAAGCAAAUUUUCACCAACAAACUGAAAUUUCCAGAUUAAUUUAAAUAAUUCUUGAAUUUUUAAUGAUUUGGAAAAUUUGCAAGAAAGAACAGAUUUAAAAUAAAACAAGCAUAAAAAUAGAACAUUUCUGAACUAGUAAUCUGGGUUUUCGUGGAGCUGAUGAUCUUUGAUGUUUCUGCCUCAGAAUCAGUUUAAAUUUUUACAUUUUCUCACUAAUUUUAACUUUUUGACUCCAGUUUUUGUUUCGUGUAAAUAUGUGAAGCUAACUUAUACAUUUUUUGUUGUAAAUUUUCUUCAAUCUAAUUUCGCCCUGAUGCUUGGUGGUUCAGUGGUAGCCAUGGUGACCCCUGACCUCUGACCUGAGCUCUUAGUUUUCUAGAAAGCUGUUGAAUGUUUGGUGGAAGGUAGAAACCUGUGGCCUCCGUGGUGAAGCAUGCUGUAGCUGCUGGUGUCUCUAUAUCCUGCUGUGUGUUUUCUAGCUGACAAACUUAUUUUGGCGGUCUGAGCAGGAAGUUGCACUUUGCUGGUUGUUUUCACACCAGGAGACGAAUGUCGGCGAUCAGUCGCUGACUGGCUCUGAUAAGAGAGGCCGCUGGGUUUCCAUGUUGUGUUCGUGUCGUGUGUUCUUCCCUGGGCCGGUUCGGUCCGUUUGGACCCGGCUGGGAGGAGUAAUCUCUAGUUUGGUGCCUUUGCUCCAGUAGUCUGUGAAACACUGUGAGGAGCUGCAGUCUGUCUGUCCUGAUGUUCCACGGAUUAAAGAACAAAC